AAAACUAUUAUUUCAAUUUUCAACAUUUGCAGGUCGAUAGCUUAAUGUAAAUCAAGUGAUCUUGCUACAAAAUUUUUAUUUGUGUCGGUAACUAUAAUUUAUUACAGACAAUUCUCAUCUUGCCAGCCAAUGUUUUAGAAGCUAUGAAAAUAAGAAUGAAUUAAAAUUAACUACUCAAGAGUCAAGACAAAAUGUUGAGAACAGUUGUAAGAUUAUCACCAUCUUUUAUUCCUAUCCUUACAAGAUCAAACGAAUAUGACCACAAUAUAUUACAGAAAAGCGAGUCUGCAGUAGAGAAAACUGGUUGGGAGAGAGUAAAGGAUAUGUUUAAGAAAAAUGAAUUUGAUGAGCCGUCAAAAGAAUUGCACACUAUUGGUCAAGCAACCACAUUUGGUCUUUUCUUGGGCGCAAUGUUUGGGGGUGUUGUGAAAUCUAGACAUGCAUACAUAACAUUCAUCGAAAAUAACCAGGCUACUAUUUUUCAUUCUACAAAAGAAGCACAAAAAAAGUUGCAAGACCAAGUGACACUAUCAUUUGCAAAAGGUGCUUACCACUGGGGAUGGAGGCUUGGCUUGUUCUCCGGAAUGUUUAGUUUUAUAGCAACUUCGAUAUCAGUGUAUAGAGACGACUCAACUAUUGUGGAAUAUGUAAUAGCUGGUGCCAUGACGGGGGCACUAUACAAGGCCAACUUGGGAACAGCUGCUAUGCUCGUGGGUGGUCUUUUAGGUGGAGUUUUGAGUACUGUUGGUGGUUUAGUGAUUUUAGGUUUACUCAAAAUAAGUGGCUUAUCAAUGGCUGAGAUAAGAGCAAGUCUAUAUAGGAUAAGAGAAGCAAGACAAGAACAGAUGAAUCAGGGUGCAGAGAAAACAGCUACUGAGAAACAUGACGAUCUAACAAGACAUCACGACAAAAUAAUAGAACAGAAAGGAGCAGUUAAGAUUGAAGAGUUGCCAUAGACAAAAUAAAUAAAUUAUAUAGACCUAAUUUAACAUUAUGAAAUAAAAUGUAAAUAA